CUUGUGAGGGGAAGGGCUGUUGGGAAGGCGAGUAGAGAGGCUGUGAUCGCCAUGGUGGAGGUGGCGGAGAGGCUAGGCUGGGCAGAAAUUUGAAUGGCAGCGACUGACGAACAGGGAGCACUGCCCGACUGACCCACGGGCUGUGGGGACACUCUUCCCACGUCUUCAAGGAUGCUCUAUUUGCCAAUUCUACUGCUGGUUGGCCUCUCCUUUUGCUCCAGCUCAGAAGUGAACCCUGCAAUAUGCCGAUAUCCUUUGGGGAUGCACGAAGGGACAAUCCGAGAUGAGGAUAUCACAGCUUCCAGCCAGUGGUAUGCCUCUACAGGGCCACAGUAUGCGCGGUUGCUGAGAGAGGAAGGUGAUGGAGCCUGGUGUCCAGCUGGCCUCCUGCAACCAGAGGAUGUGCAGUUUCUCCAGAUAGAUUUGCAUAAACUGUACUUCAUCACACUAGUGGGAACACAGGGGCGGCAUGCACGAGCCACUGGGAAGGAAUUUGCCCGUGCUUACCGGAUCGACUAUAGCCGCAAUGGAGAGCGCUGGCUGUCUUGGAAGGACCGUCAGAACAGACAGGUGAUUCAAGGCAACAUUGAUACUUACGAUGUUGUCCUGAAAGAUUUGCGCCCACCUGUCAUCGCCCGCUACAUCCGACUGAUCCCAGUGACUGAGCAGCCCAUGACGGUCUGCAUGCGAGUGGAACUCUAUGGCUGUGUUUGGUUUGAUGGCUUGGAGUCCUACAGCAUGCCGGAAGGAGGCAUGAUCUCAGCUCCUGGUCACCCCAUUGUUUACCUGAAUGACUCAACUUAUGAUGGUUACCAAGAACGGAAGCUUUUGCAUGGUGGUUUGGGCCAACUGACCGAUGGAGUUCUAGGCUUGGAUGAUUUCACAAAGAGCCACCAGUACCGUGUGUGGCCAGGCUAUGACUAUGUUGGCUGGAGGAAUGACAGUUUUAGCGGUGGUGCUGUUGAGAUGGAGUUCCAGUUUGACCGGCAGAGGAACUUCACUUCCAUGAAGGUCCACUGCAAUAACAUGUUUUCCAAGGGAGUAAAGAUCUUCCAGAGGGUGGAGUGCCUCUUCAAGCCACGGUUGAUUGCAGAGUGGGAGCCUGAGCCUGUUGGUGUGGACACGGUCCUGGAUGAUAAAAAUCCCAGUGCGCGGUUUGUGACUGUACCCCUCAACCAACGUGUGGGCAAAGCCAUCCUCUGCCACUUCUACUUUGCUGACAUCUGGAUGAUGAUCAGUGAAAUCUCCUUUCAGUCAGUAGACAUGGAUGCUGUCAGCCCCACUGUGGUCACUUUGGCUUUAAGCACAACAAUGGAAGUAUUCUUAUCGGAGGAACUCAAUAUGACAGAGGGGACUUGGGGGACCCCCACCACAUUGUUUCCCACAAGCCCCUGGAUUGAACACAGAAUAGAGGAACCAAGCACCUCCGGCUUGGUCGGCUGCCUUGUGGCGAUCAUCUUGCUGCUCCUCAUCAUCAUCAUUGCCAUCCUAUGGAGGCAGUACGCCCAGAAGCGGCUGGAGACGGCUCCUCGACGAAUCCUGGAAGAAGACGCCACUGUCCGUCUGUCCUUCUACAGCUCCAGAAUUGUCAGUGGUCAGACACAGAUCCAUCAGACCAACCCCACCUAUGAGAGGGUCUUUCCCUUGGACCUGGAAUAUCACCAGCCCACCACCCUGCUCCAGAAACUGCCUGAGCUCUCUCAAAGUGCUGAGGACUCAGCCUGCAGUGGUGAUUAUGCUGAGCCUGAUAUUACCAAGUGCACACCUCACCAAGGCUUCCAGAAUAAUGUUCCGCACUAUGCCGAAACGGAUAUUGUCAGCCUGCAGGGGGUGACAGGCAACAACACGUAUGCUGUGCCGGCGAUCACGGUCGACUCCUUGACCAAGAAGGACAUCUCCGUGGCUGAGUUCCCAAGGCAGCAGCUACGGCUAAAGGAGAAGCUGGGGGAAGGGCAGUUUGGGGAGGUCCAUCUGUGUGAAGCGGAUGGUCUUCUAGAAUUCUUGGGCCGGGCUUCUGCAGAGGCCUCCAGCAGGGCAGUCUUAGUUGCUGUAAAGAUGCUCAGAGCCAACGUCACCAAGACUGCCAGGAAUGAUUUUCUAAAGGAAAUCAAGAUCAUGUCCCGGCUAAAAGAUCCAAACAUCAUCCGCCUCCUGGGAGUGUGUGUUCAGGAUGAUCCAUUGUGUAUGAUCACUGAGUACAUGGAGAACGGGGAUCUUCACCAGUUCCUGUUGCAGCGGCAGAGCAGAAGCACCUUUACGCUCUCAAAUAACAUUCCCUGUGUCAGCUGCCUGCAUCUCCUGCUCAUGGCUACCCAAAUUGCCUCUGGCAUGAAGUAUUUGGCUUCCCUCAACUUUGUGCAUCGAGACCUGGCGACACGCAACUGCCUGGUUGGGAACAACUACACCAUCAAGAUUGCCGAUUUUGGGAUGAGCAGGAAUCUGUACAGUGGUGAUUACUACCGGAUCCAAGGCAGGGCUGUGCUGCCAAUCCGCUGGAUGGCUUGGGAGAGUAUCCUGCUGGGCAAGUUCACCACAGCCAGUGAUGUGUGGGCCUUUGGCGUGACGCUGUGGGAGAUGUUCACACUGUGCAAAGAGCAGCCCUACAGCUGGCUCUCAGACGAACAGGUCAUUGAGAACACAGGGGAGUUCUUCCGAGACCAAGGCCGGCAGGCUUAUCUCUCUCAACCACCCCUGUGCCCAAAUCUUGUGUUCUCCUUAAUGAUGAAGUGCUGGAGUCGAGAUAUCAAGGACCGCCCGGCGUUUGAGGCCAUCCACCUGUUUCUGGUGGAGCAGAUGGAUGGGAGCAUUUGACACGCAAAAGAACUGGAGGGAUACGGUAGAGACCGUAGUAAUGCCAGAGCUGCCUCUGGUUGGCCUGUCCUUCCCACAGUCUCCAGUGGGCUCUUUUUCCACAGUCCAUGAGACUGGUGGAUUUCAGACAGACAACUGAAGCCAUUACCUCCUGGAAUUCAUCUGUAGCACAGGGCGAGAUGCCAUUCCAUGUUGUGACACACCACCGAGUGUGUGGAUGGGCCCCAUGACAAGAGAAAAGUCACACUGAUGGAGCUUUGUGUCUUUGGUCAGAAUCCACUUUGGGUGAGUUCUCCUCGGAGGAGGCACCUGUGGCAGCUGCUGCCUCCAUCGGCCAUCUGUGGUCAACUCCAUAAGGCUGAGAAAACACCAUCUCAUGGGGAAAUUUUGCAUUCCGUCGGGAAAUACUGUGAGAGGGUCAAUACCCCUUUUAACUCGUCAUUACGGGCCUGAAAAACACCCUCUGAGCAAAACAAAAACACACUUGGGGAAUAAGAUAUCCAGCCUCCCAGGAAUGAUUUCCUUUCUUGGAAGAUGUUUUGACUGUCCCUGAAAGUCAUUUUUGCUAAGGAAAACCCACACAGAGAUGCUGGGGGCAGGGCAUUUGUAGCAGCAACACCUGCCCAAAAUAGUGUGGCAAGGUGACGUCCUCUUAAUCUUGGAUGUUGUGAGUGGGGCAUGUGUGAAGUUUUCCACACUGGAUUUUUAUCUAUUUUUAAAAAAUGAAUGUUCAUGAUCAUAGGAAGGGCACUGGACCCCAGGACCUUCCUUUAGCCUACAAUUAAGGGAUUUGGGGGUGAGGGAGGGGGAUCUUGUAGAGGGAAACAAUUGACACUGUAACUACUGUCAUGACGCCGAUGCCUUGUGCUUGUGAACCUGUAGCCAAAAUGGACUGAUGUGCAAUUCACCCUGUAUCCUGGUCCCGCAUCAAGAAGGCUCCAAAGAAGAAGUAGAAAAUCACAUCUGGAGUCUCCAGCUAUCUUAACUUCAUUUUUGCUCAACCUGCUUUCUUCUUUAUUUAAAGACCUCCUUCCUCUUUUAUUUCUUUGAAUUUUUGCCUCUCUGUAUCUGUAUUUGUAUCUCAAAGCUUUAAAAAAUAUCUCUGGACCAAAUCUCGUUUCCAGAGCUAUUUCAUAAUCAUGGAACUGGGUUUUAAGUACACAAUGCUGCACAGCUGAGAAGUUCAGCUUUCUUUCUUUGAAAAAAGAAAAUACCCAACAGUCUCAGAAAAAGGGGAGGGGCACUAGGGAUGGAAAAGAGAGGGAGAGUAUGUGUGGAGUCAGCAAGAGUUUGAGCAAUCGUGAGAUUGUGUAUCUUUUUUGUCCCUCUACCCUUGGCUAGCAGAUGGAGAACGCAUUAUGCCAGGUACAGCUUUCAGGUGAGUUAGGUUUUUGCCUAGGAUAUACUGAUCUGAUUGCCUGCUAUGGGUGAUUGUGAAUUGUCAUAGUCUCCCCUGAAGAAUCCUGGGAAUUGCAGUUCAGUGAGGAUGCUGAGAAUUCUCUAUUAGAGAUCUCUAGUGACCCCUUCUCCCCUCCAGAACUACAGUUCCCAGGGUUCCCUGGAGAAGAACUUAUUGUUAUGUUUGGGAUGUAGAUAGGCCUAGUCACCAAGGUGUGAUCCCAUGACUGGCUGUUUUAGGAGCAAAACCUAGUGCUCUGCCUGAUGAGACUCUUGUGGGUCCAGUAGAGGACAUACAGGUGGUAGCAUUUGUUGAUAAUGCAGAAGGUGCUUGAAACUAGGAUGUGCUAGGAAUUGUAGUUUAUGAGAGAGGAGAGCUGCUAGUUAUUUCUAAAAAGAGGUUCUGCAAACUUGGACUUUUGGGGUAUGUGGAGGUCAUUGUCAACAGGCCCUCAAGUGAACUGAAUGGCAAGUGGGGGGUGGGCAGCAAACCUAAAAUUAACUUUUCCAGAAGAUUAUUUAGGAAUAUGCAAUAUAUUUGGGAAGCCAGGAAUUUUGGAAUAACUGGAGUUGGUCAUAUACUGGAUUGUAGCCUUUUUAGUUAGUUACGAUGUAUAUGCAAGUGACUGCAGCCUGAUAGGCUGAUCAGUGGUCUAUAACCGUCUCUGAAACUCAUGCUAUGGCCAGUCAGAUUUGGCUUUGCUAACAACGUGCUUCCUAGUAGGCAACUAUUUCUUUUUGCCGCACUUAGUUCUCCAUCUUCCAUUGCAAAUAUUCAUUCCUUGAUGCAGUUCUCUUCCCUUGGCUUUUUUCAUUGCAAUUUAUCUCUGUGUUGAAUAACAGACCAAAAGUUGGUUAGUCUAAUUAUUCUGAAUGUGAAAUUCAGCUUACUUCACUUGCCUGCAUUCCAUUACAACUACUGUAGAACCUUCUAAACUCUGCUGCAGGACAUUCCCCCCUCCUCUCUCCAGCUUCUUAUACCCUACCCAUUUUCUUCUCUCUCCAGUGAUCUCUGGCCUUCAACCUCUUCCAGGCUCCUCCCUCUUUUGUCCCUACACCCUGUGUGAAGGUUUUCUUUUUCUCAUAGACAAAACCACUUCCCUAACAGUAGCUGCUUUGAACUUCAACAUUCCAGAGCUAACCCUUUUCCCUCUGAAGUUAGAAUGUUAAUGAACAUUCCAUGAUGUGGUUUAUUGCCUAGCCCAGGCAAGGAAUGAUUCUGCAGCACAUUCCAUGGGGUGCUGAAUAGAAUGCCCAAGAAAUUGGGAAAGAGCUCUGGCAGGUCAUAGGAUCAAAACCUCAUGGCCCUGCUCCCCCUGCAGUUCAAGAGAGCAAUGUGUAGUGGUUAGAGUGUUGAACUGGGGAGAUCCAGGUUCAACUCGCCACUCCUGCCAUGAAGUUCACUGGGUGGCUUGGGUUAGGUUCCGUCUCUUCGCCUAACAUACCUCACUGACUUGUUCUGAGGACAGAACAAGGGGUGAGAUAGCCAUGUAUGAAAGGUAGGAUAAAAAUGUGAUAGAUGUAGGAUGUGCUUUUAAAAAUAACUGUCCUCACCAGAACCCUUUGAGCUAGGUGUCUCUCAGGACCUAACUACACAAUAUUUGUCCUCGUGUUCACCAUAGAGUCAUGUCUGUAAGGCAUGUGCUGGAGAUUCUAUUCUUGGAACAGAAUGUGGGGCACUGAUUCAGAUUGGUACUACUCCUCUUGGUAGGAGAAUACACCAUGGUUUGCAGUUUCCUUACUGGCAACCUAUAUCCUUAGUCACUCGCAAAACCAAUAUGGUUGUGAGCUCUUUUACCAGCACUUGCUCCUGUGCCUUUUUAACAGCAGUUCAAUCUUCAUAGAACAGUGAAGGAUAAUUGACAAGUAGGCCACAGCCAUGCCUUGUAUUACGUUGUCUGAUAACAGGAGAUGGUUUUGGAAUAUUUCAUAAAUGAGCAACAGUUCUGUACCACUUGCCCGCUCUUUGUUGUGGACUUCCUGGAGGUGGGGAGAGGGCAUCUUUUCCUUUUCCUUUUCCAUGUUACUUGAAGUUUGAAACUGUGGAUCCAUCUGCCAUUUGUCCCAGAGCACAUACAAUUCCCUCAUUACAGACAAGGCCUUCUUUUUUACUAACCUUGCUUGGUUGUAUGUCAUUUCUUUCGGCUGUUGUAUGGCUGUGUACAUACUGUAUUUAGAAAUUGCAUUCAGAUGUGUACAUAGUAUAAUAUAUUGGAAUUUAACCAGCAGUUCCUCUACAAUUACACCCUCACGGAGGGGUGGUUGUUGUUUUAUACUGACA